CCAAACCUUCCUCUUCAUCUUUUAACUACACUCUUUCUUCUCUCAAUCCACUUUGAGAACAUGGAAAAGAAAGCCUUCAUACUUUUGCUUUCUCUUCUGUUUCUUUCCUAUGUUCUGUAUGUUGCUGCUGUUCCUGCAACCAGAAUUUCCAUGACCAAGAAAGAGGAUGCAUUAUUGUUUGAAGAUACUAAGGAGAAUGUAGUUGUGAACAUAAGGAAGCAGAAGGGGUUGUUUGAGGUGAAGGAAGAAGUUGAAGAGAAAAGAAUGAUGAUGGAAACUAGUGAUUACUCUCCAACUGGGCCAAAUCAUUCUCAUACCCCCAAAUCCCCUGGAAAACCUGGGAAUUAAGGGUUUCUAUGUGCAUAAGCUAAAUGUUUUGGAUUGAAAUGGUUUGUUAAGUCACUCUACAUUUUUAAAUGCUUUUGUUUUUGACUCAAGGCUUGUAUUGUUUUGUGAUGUAAGAUAAAGUGUUGUAUUUAUAUUGUGUGUGGCAAACUCCAGCAUUUGCUGGUUGAUCACAACCGUUUGUAACCUUGAUUUCUAGAGUGA